AUGCAACAAUCUUACAACACAUUUAGGCUUCCAGAGGAAAAUCAGAGUUAUAAUCCAUGGAAUCAGUUUUCUCAAAGGGUUCCAGAAGCUCAAUUCCAAUCUUCUCAACCCGAGAAUUUUCAGUUCCGUGAUGCUCAGAACGUAAAAUCUGACAGUUCUAGUGACGACCCAGCUCCCAAAAGAAACGAAGAAGAAACCAGCGAGGAGUUGCAACCCAUUGCUGAGAAAAAGCGCAACUAUGCACACCUCCAGAAGCGAAAGAACUAG